AUCAGGGUCAUCAAAAACAUAAAAAAAUCAGGAAAAACAACGGAAGAUGCGAAACGAAAAAUAUUAUUUUUUCAAAGAAACAAAAGUGUCAAGAUUAAUCUGCCAAAGAAAGUGCAACCUACUUCUUCUAAACCUGCCAAUAUAGAUUCCAAACAACCGAAGGAUUCACUGACCCCAACUGAAACAGAUGAGUCCCAACCAUCGUCUGCAAAAGUACAUUCCGAGAUCAUUCAUGAUGUUAAGAACGAAGCUGUACUGUUAAAUUCAGAAUCUCUGUCUGAAACACCAACAGACAGAGUUAUCAUGCUUAUUAAUUCACAGCCUACUAUUAAUAUUUUGAAAACUGAUACUGUACUGCCUGAAACUACAAAAGCAGUAAGUGAAACUGCAAAAAGUGAAAGAAAAACAAGCAAAUCACCAACAAAUUCAAUGGCUCAGCGUAAUGUCACGAGAAACACAGUUUCAGUUAAACCCAAAACAACAGUGCCUAAGAAGUCAUCUAAGGGAAGUGUUACAUCAUUAGAUGAUUUAAACAGUUCAAAAAGAGAUUUUAUAUUACCUAAAACUUCAGGCCCGGUAAAUAACAUUAAUGUAAUGUCAAAAUCGACUCUUUCGUCAACCAAGCAAAAUGGUGUUAUGGAUGGUGGCCAGAAAAAGAAUAUUAUACCGUCUGGAUCAUCUGCUACAAGUCAACCAAAGACGUCUCAUGGCAGAAAACCUUCACAUACAGAACCUUCAAUUACAGUAAGUAAACCAACUAUUGCCAAUGAUGUUUUAAACAUAAUACCUUCACAUGAUGAUGAAAAUCCUAAAAGCAUUUCUAGAAAUUCAAAACUGAUCACUGGAAUUAAAGUCGGUGGUAACAAACCUCUAUUGCGAACAAAUGAUUUUUCAUAUACAAAUAAACUUACCAGUCAACAGAAGGGCUUAAGUGUCAUAAAAGAGCCAGUAACCAUAUCAAAAUCCAUGUCCAAUCCUUCUGAUGAAAAUCAAUCGUCAUCUAACAAGGAAUUGUCAAUAAAAGGAGUAUUGGAUACAACAACCCUGAGUUCACCAUUACCCGUAUCUAAUGACAGAAUCCACACCACAAAAAAUACUGAUGAACAAACACAAACUGAUAUAAACAAUGACAACCCCGUAACAUCUGUAACCCAAACCGAUUCUCCUAUCAAAAUUUCCAAUACGAAACGUACUUUAGAAUCAACUAUUGUGUCUGUAAAGAAAAUAAAAGAAAAUUUGAAAACCACAGAUGGGAAACAUGAUGAUAAAAUAUUUGGAAAAGGACUAGUUACAGAUGAAGACAAGUCAAAUACAAAACCAAAGUCCCCUCUAGUCAAUAAAGAUACAAUGCUGAACGAGAAUGUAGGAGAGGACACGAAGAUACUUGUUGUGGGUCAAUUAAGUCCAUCAAUUAUAACAGGUAUCGGUCGGCUUGCUUCGGAACCUGUUGAAUCAGGAAAACUUUCUAUGCCUCAUGGAGUAUUAAAUAGUAAUGCAUUUGUUGUAAAUUCUGGGCCAAGAUUUGUGAAUAAUCAUGUUUCAAUGGAAAAGAUAAACAGAAAACAAACCAUAGAUGGACUAAAUAAAGGACAGAAAAUAGUAAAUAAAUUAUCAAAUAGCGACAUGCCUUCAAACGAUGAUCAAAGUAGUAUUAACAUCAUAACCACGGAUUACAUUUCGAAAACUGGAAAUUUACAAGUGUCUAAAGAAACAACCGUUCAGCCUGAACAUAAUACCGUGCCAGGUUCCAUUGUCACGGGUUCAUUAGGUAUAGACCAAGUAGUUGCUAGGAAUACACUUUCAGCCCGCCCCACAUUCGUUUCAGUUGUGCCUUCUCCGCCUAAAAUGCAAAAUAUCAACGCUUUUGGUGGGUCUCCUAACGAGAAAACAAACUUCGAUGAUCAAGCGGUUUAUGGGAACAGAGUGCAAAAUAUCAACGCUUUAAAUGUGUCACCUAACGAGAACACAAAUAUUAGCAAUUCUAUAACGCUUAAUUUGAAAGUUCACAGCGAUGGCGGAAACAGUAUUCACAACACGUUUGAUAAUAAUGUCAACUCGGACCUUUUUAAAAGUGGCGUGUCUGUCAAAACUUUGUCAACCGAUUCACCUGUUUCAUCCAACACCGAUGAAUCUUUGUUCGUUGUUACCGCAUCACUUCAAAGCACACAAACCAAAGUUCAGAAGGCUAAAUCAAAUGAGGAUAAAAAUAAAUCUAUGGGCACAAUAGUUGUUCCAAACAAACAAAUGGCUGGUUUUGUACCAAUGAAAACUAUUGUCGAUCCAUUAGAACAGUUCUCUAAGAAUAAAACAGAAUUUUCUGAUGACCAACAAAUAAAAGACAAUAUUUCUGCUGGUAAAACACCAUCUAAGGUACCAACUGGAUUAACCAUUCAAAUCCUUCCAUCAAACAACGAUGGAAACGCACAUGUAGGUUCCAAGAAAGCAAUGAGUAGGUUUUCCAGGAAAUUAAAAAAGACCGGGAAAAUAGCUGUUAUAUCAAAACCUGGUAAGUAG